UGGCAGGCCUGUGACAUGGGCAUUAGCAGUGCAGCAAACUGAAAGGAACUUUAUUUUAAAAAGCUAACUAAGAAAAAGAAGUCCAGCAUGCAUUUUCUGUCCCAACAUAGCCCAACAGCUCAGUGGAGCACACACUAUUACCUGGCAUGUGUAUUCAUCAUGACCACCUGCUCAAGACCAGUUUCACCCUUUCAUGGCCCCCCAGGGACAACAGGUCUCCGCUCUGCUUUCUCUGCCACACGAACCAACAGCGUAGUGGGAGGCAAGCAGAAGGCAGUGACCUUCAACAGGCUCAUGGUCAACACGGGAGGAGAUUUCAAUCCAGACAUUGGUCACUUCCGCUGCCGCAUCCCCGGGGCUUACUAUUUCUCCUUCUCCGUGGGGAAAUUUCCAAAGAAAAUGCUCUCUGUGAUACUUGUGAAGAAUGGAGAGGAGGUGCAGGCUAUAGCAUUUGACGACUACCGCAAGAAAGGAAGGAAAGUUCAAAGCCAAAGUGUCAUGAUCAGUUUGAAGGAAAUGGACACAGUGUGGCUGCUUUUACAGCCGAGUCCCCAGUAUGCUUUGUACAGCAACGCUGGCCCUUACAUCACCUUCUCUGGUUACCUUGUCUAUCCUGACAUCUCCCCAACCAGCUACAUCACCAACCACCUGUCCCCACCAGGGCUGUCCUACCCAAACUGCCCCCCUCAGGCUGACCCCUGGGCCAGAGGUCAAACCUCAGAGCAGCCACGGUCUGCCUUCUCUGUGGCACGGACAUCCACACUCAUAGGUGAGAGUAGCAGGCAGCAGGACAAGCCACCUCUGACCUUUGAUGUGGAAUAUGUCAACAUCGGGGGGCAUUUCAACAAAACCUCAGGCUUGUUCACCUGCCACUUCCCGGGUGCGUACUUCUUCGCCUUCACUGUGGGGAAACACCCUCGUAAGGCUGUUUCUGUGAAGCUGAUGACCGGUAAGGGCGAGGUGCAGGCGAUGGUGUUUGAUGAGGACACAUCGAAGAGACGGGAGAUGCAAAGUCAGAGCUUGCUGCUGUCUCUCCGCCGGGGCGACAGUGUGUGGCUGUACAGUCAGCAGGAUGAGCGUUAUGCUGUCUACAGCAACCAGGGGAGGUACACCACAUUUUCUGGCUUCCUGAUUUAUCUUGAAGCAGAAACACUCACACCUCCCACCACACAGGACAGAACUCACCUCUAAAUGUCUUUACCCUUCAUGGUGUCCUUUCUAAAACAGUAAUAGUAAAAAAUCUUGACUCUGUGGUCAGUAUAGUGUACGUACAUUUACUGCUUUCUUUGUUUGUUUGUUUGCUUUUUGUUUAUUUUCUUUACAGUAAAUAAUAUAAUUCCAGGGAUAACGUUUGUUGCCAAAUUAUGCCACAAGAUGGUGCUAUGAUACAAUUAUGGAUACUAUCCAGCAUGCAACAUGGUUACUUUUGUCCUAAAAGCACAAUUGGCUGUAAGACAUCACAAAUAUAAGAACACAUACAAACAUAAGAAGUCAUACAAUUGCAUUUUGAUUCACAGAUACCUUUACUUUUUUAAUUCUUUGUGUUUAGAAGUUUUAAAAAGCAUUUUCUAUAUUUAAAAAAGAUUAUUGCAUGGCAAGGAAAAUUAUGUAAAUGAUGUAUAGUUUAUUAACAUUUACUUACUGUAAAAAUGAGAUUUAGAGAUACAUCAUGGUCCUGUGAGUGGUGAUAGUCAUGUUAUGGAGCUUUUAUAUUGUGGAUAUAUCUGUAUCUGUUUUGAUGUUUUAUGUGCAUUUCAGGAAAACAAACAAAAUAAAUUCAAACACUUCAAUGAAUUAAAAAGGUCUUUUUCCUUCUAAGUAUAAUGUUAAUGAUACUAUAUGCUGCACUGAGUACAAGGUAGAUUCACUGUCAGUUCAGUUCAUGUUGUCGGCACUGAAAUGCAAAGUGUGGGGUAGCUACUGCAGCUGAUGACAUCUUCAUUACUCUUAAUGUAUACACAGUUUUCACAAUGUGGUAAAUGUCUGUUGCUCAAAUCCUCACUACAGCUAGUACUACUCCUCCCCCAGGUGGUGGUGUUGCUGCUGCAACUAUUAAAGCUUCUGCUACAGUGCCUUUGCUACUACAACUACCACAAUUAAUAAUAACUACAGCAAUAAUAGCAGUAUGCCAGGUAUCACUAUACAUAAAAAGAAGGAAAGAAAGAAGGAGAAAAUGGAGGAACCAAACGUUCAAAAUUCAAACCAAUUCACCACUGUAAUGGUAUACAUUAAAAUGGUCAACAGCAAUGUUAAAUAUCCUAUAAAUUACAAAAAAUUGGCUGAAACAUGCAAAAAC